AUGCGGGGUCUGUCAUCUUGCGCUGCAAUUGCAGCUGUUGCGUUGACUGCUUCUAGUGCUAUUGUUCCUCUUCAUUUGAUUCACGCGACUGAGUCGCCGCGUAUCGCUGCUCCACCAGAUGGAUUUCCCUUCUUUGACUGGAAUUUGGCAUCUUCGUUAGCAGGACUGACUGGUGAACCACCAAGCACAACGACCCCUAUUAAUUGGGUUCCAAAUUCUUCAUCGGCGCCGUUGCCCAUCCCGGCAAAAGAGACUAGCGUUUCAUCAGCGACAUCCAGCGCCGCAAAGACAAAGGCCGCGAAAAGUACAACGCCAACAAGUGUAUCUUCAACGACCACUGCAUUUUCAACAGCUAGUCUGCCUUCAACAACCGGUGUGCCAUUGGUAGAGCCAAGUUUUUCAGAAGCAACACCAUCGCAGACGAAGAAUGAUAUCACCGAGCCAGCUGCUUCUUCAAUGAAACCGGUCUUUGCCCCUGCAACAAAGACAUGCGCCAGCCCUGCGGCCAAGUCUCCGGGACCUUUCUGGCUUGAUGAACAAGACCACAAUCAGCAGGGAGCAGGCAUUGCUCCAUACGCUAACUCGACGAGGCGAUACCCGGUCUACCGUAAUGUCAUGGACUAUUCGGUUGUCAAUGAUGGCUCUGGAGACCAAACUUCCAAGUUGCAAAAGGCAAUCGACGACGACGGCAUGGGCGGUAGUCGCAAAGGCCAUGGUGUUACCCGCUAUCCCGCUGAAGUGUAUCUUCCCGGGGGCGUGUAUAGGCUCGGCAGCACUUUAAGAAUGACUGUUGGAACCAUCAUCGUCGGAAACCCGCUGAACCCACCGGUUCUCAAGGCCGCUCCGGGUUUCCAAGGCGGACAUCUGGUUAUGGGAUAUGACGAGAACGCUGGCGCACCGGAGACUAGCUUUGCAAUGCUGCUCAAAAAUGUCAUCUUGGAUACCACUGAACUUGAUCCAAGCCGUGGAUUUACCGCUCUCCAGUGGGGAGUUGCGCAAGGAUCUGGAUUGACUAACGUCAAGAUCCACAUGCCACAGCAAUCAACCGGCCACACUGGUAUUGAUUUAAAAGCUGGUUCCACUAUUGCUGUCACUGAUGUGGACAUCAUUGGCGGUGCUGUUGGAAUCAGAAACUCGAACCAGCAGGUCAACUUCAAAAACAUCUAUUUCCAGGCGUGUAAGACUGGAUUCCACGCGAUUGGUGGCUGGACAGUGCUUCUUCAACGCGCCCGCUUUGAUAGCUGUGGCACUGGAAUUGAUAUGACUGGCAAUGGCUUGGGAAGCUUGGUGCUUCUCGACUCGUUAUCCUUGAACAACGGCCCUAUUAUCCGAUUCUAUGAUUCAUCUCAUGACUCCGGCAACCAGAACAGCCAAUUCCUGAUCCAGAACUUCCGACACAGUGGCGAGAAUGCCAUUGCAGUUGAUACCUCAGGGAAAGUAGCAUUGGCUGCGACUUCUCACGUGGAAACGUGGGUCUGGGGCUCAGUCGUUCCCACAACAUAUGAGACGGGUGUUGAGUGGCGUACUGAGCGCUCUCCCCAGCUUCUUGUUGGUGACAAGUUCUUCACCAAGGCACAGCCUACCUACCAGGACUACGCAUCUGCCGAUAUUGUCAAUGUGAAGACUGUUCAUGGAUACUCAGUCAAGGGAGACGGUAAAACCGAUGAUACUAAAGCACUGAACGCUAUUUUGGCUGAGAACGCCGAGUCCUGCAAAGUGACUUACAUCCCCUUCGGUGUUUACCGUGUGUCUGAUACGAUCUUCGUUCCAGUCGGAACUCGCAUUGUUGGGGAAGCUUGGGCCGUCAUCUCUGGAUACGGGGACAACUUCAAAGACAUUAGCAACCCGAGAGCAGUUGUUAAGCUUGGCAACCCAGGUGACGUUGGUCUUAUUGAAAUCCAAGAUAUGCGUUUCUCCGUCGGAGAGAUCCUUCCAGGUGCUAAGAUAAUUGAAAUCAACGCUGCAGGCAGCGAGCCAGGUGAAGUCGGUCUGUGGAACACCAUGGCUACCGUUGGCGGUACAGCCGACACGAGCAUCUCUGGCACCUGCACAUCCCAGGACCCCAAGAACUGUAUGGCUGCCUUCAUGGUCAUGCACCUGACUGAAUCGUCAUCUGCAUACAUCGAGAACUUCUGGGGCUGGACCGCCGAUCAUAAUCUCGACAGCGAGUCACUCCUCACCAUCAUCUCAACUGGCCGUGGCAUUCUUGUCGAAGCAACCAAAGGUACAUGGCUCACUGGUACUGGUUCUGAGCAUCACUGGUUGUAUAACUACAACUUCCACAAUGCUCAGAACGUCUUCGCAGGCCUUCUGCAAACAGAGACUCCAUACAUGCAGGGCCAGGGAGAGUACGAGGCUGCACCAGCACCAUGGGCAGCUGAACCAAAAUACGGUGACCCUGAUUUCUCAUGGUGCGCGACAGGAGACCAGAAAUGCCGUACGGCAUUGGCCACGAACGUGGAUGGAGGAUCAGACGUCGCGCUAUACAAUUCAGCGGCCUGGGCCUUCUUCGACGGCUACUGGAACGGUCUCUAUAAUGAACCCUGCAAUGGCAAUUGCCAAUCGAACAUGAUGCGGGUGACGAACAAUCCUAUCAACCUGGUCUGGUACUCAAUUAGUACGCGUAUGACCGAUGUGAUGGUUCUUGAUAAUAAGAGCAACCCGCGUGAGUCCAACCACAAGGGUGGAUGGGAAGCUAUAAUUCAGGUUUACGGCCAAUUCACGACUUGA